UUCUGGCUGCCUCCCAGGCCUCUGCUCAGCCUCCGCUGCAUCUCAGUACUGUUUUGAAAAGGAGGUCGUGCUAUCCAUCUUUCUCUCUAAUCAAGCAUCCUCCGAAAAUGGCCAAGCGUACCAGAAAGGUGGGGAUUGUUGGUAAAUAUGGUACCCGUUAUGGUGCCUCGCUUAGGAAGAUGGCCAAAAAAAUAGAAGUUAGCCAACAUUCUAAAUACACCUGUCACUUUUGUGGAAAGGAUUCAAUGAAGCGAACAUGUGUUGGUAUCUGGAAAUGCAAAUCAUGUAGAAAAGUUGUUGCUGGUGGAGCAUGGGCACCUUCAACAACCGCUGCUGUAACUGUGAGAGGAGCAAUUCGUCGUCUCCGGGAAAUGGCAGAAACAUAAUGUUUCCAAACUAUAAAAUAUGUUGUAAAAUACCUA